AACUGCGCCCCAUUUCGGAACAUCGGUGAUUCAGGUGAAUUGUUUCCCUCGUGCGUGUUUAAUUCUUUUCGAAAAAAUGUCUAUUCCAAAGAGCGGGGGAUUUUUAAGGUCGGCGGGGGUUAUAAGUAAAAUCACGAAAGAAUUAAAGUCCGUUACUUUUAAACCAGUCAAGAAGAUGACGGUGCAGUUCGAUCCUUUUCAUGAGAAUGCAAAGAAUACGAGACAAUUUAUGUUCUUUGUAACAGCGCCACAUGUUGUAGCGACUAAUUUAUCAUGUGUAAUGAAAACUAACAUUGUCUGUGAUCGAUCUGAGCCCAUCGUUACAUUUGAUCUUGAAUCUGGUGAAAAGUUCCUGUUUAAGUGCAACAAUCUGACAACAGUGGACAUUCUACAACUUUACAACAAACAUAUAAGCUCUUUGGUACCAAAGGAGAAACCAGCCGAGGGGGAGCUCGUUAAGAAGAAAAAGAAGCGCAGACGAUAGUGCCAUAUUUACAAAGAGCUAACUUAUAACAGUUAAUUUUUGUUUUUCAUGGAACGUCAGAGGUGUCGACCAAUCGAACCAGUGAUUCAAUGAGUAGUUUGUUAUUUUAUCGAUGUAGUUUGUAAAGCCUUUUAUACGUUCUAGAAAAUCUCAGAGAUCCCACCGAAGCGUCUAUUGAGAAUUAGAAAUGUUUACAAUUAGAAAGAAGAAUGGUCGUCAUUUUCUAGUCUGACAAUGCUUUUAAUACGGUCCACCUAAUCCCAUUGCAUCGAUCAUAAGACGUAUCAAACUACCUACAUUGUCAAUUCACGGGAGGAUUAGCAGAACGAUCACGCAUAAAUUUGAGUAAUUUAGCAGUAAAACCAAGAAAAAGUACUCCAUUUGUUUAAAAAUUAUAAGUCAUUUGCUCCAUACGAAAUCAAACAAUUAUAGACAAUACAUAUACACUGGGUAGGAUUUUCUAAAGACACAUUUCAUAUUUUUCUUAUCACGUCCACAA